AUGGCGUCAAAAUUAGUAUUUUCUCCAUCGGAGGAUGAAAUUCUUAUUGAAGAAGUACAGGCCAAUUCUAUUUUGUAUGAUUUGGCCGAUGCUAAUUACAAAAACAUUAUUAUGAAGGAUAAUAUCUGGAAGGAAAUAUCCCUCAAGAUUGGAAAAUCUGUAGACGAUACAAAAAAGCGCUGGAAGAACAUUCGCGAUUCAUAUUCCAGAAACAAGAGAAAGCCGGGAACAGGAUCAGCAGCGACUAAAAAAAAAUGGAACUUGGCACCUCACCUUAGUUUUUUGGAUCGAGUUGAAUAUGAGCGAGCAUCGACUUCCAACGUCACUGAGGUUCAAGAAAUGGAUACCACUCACAAUGAAGAAAAAAAUGACGAGGUUAAAAACUUGGCUGAGAUCAAAAAUGGGCCAGGAUCGGCUUACAGGGUUGGCAUUAUUAAACAUUCACAGAUCUAUAGAAAUAAAUGUUGA